AGGGAGUGCGGUUUGGUCAAAGGGGGGCUGUUUUUGAGAGAAUUUAGCGCGUACUGAUACAGUUAAUAGAAACAUCUCUGGUAGUGGAAGAGAGAGACACGCACAAGCAAAGCAUAACUACACACUGGCUAUAUUAUUAUCUGUAGAAUCAUUUACCUAUUUCUUUUUUUAAUCAUUCCAAGAUUUCUUGGCAUUUUCCUUCUCUCGUCAACCCAAUCUAAGCGCUUCUCCCCUUUUCCAGUUAUAGCUUAUCAGAUAAAUAUACCCUUUUUCUUUCUUCAAGUUUUAAUUAAAGAAACACUUGCUAAUUAAUUAAUCCCCUAGUUUUCUUCACUUGGGUUUCAAGAACCUGAGAAACUGAUUGAUUUUGAAAAGAUUUUACCUUUUUUUUGAUAAAUGGGUUGCUUCCCUUGCUUUGAUUCAAGAGAAGAAGAAAUCUCGAAUACCCAAAAACAUAAAGAUGAUCGCAAGGAAAUGCCCUCAAAUAUAUCCAGGCUAUCUUCAGGAGCAGACAGACUCAAAACAAGAAAUGGUUCGAAGAGAGAGUCUUUGGGGGUAAAGGAUGCACCGGCUGUUCAAAUUGCAGCACAAACAUUCACUUUUCGUGAGCUUGCAGCUGCUACAGAUAACUUCAGGCCAGAAUCUUUCAUAGGUGAAGGAGGGUUUGGUUGUGUAUAUAAAGGGCGACUUCCUAGUGGUCAGGUUGUUGCUGUUAAGCAAUUGGAUAGGAAUGGGCUUCAGGGUAACAGAGAAUUUUUAGUGGAGGUUCUUAUGCUUAGCCUUCUUAAUAAUCCUAACUUGGUGAAAUUAGUUGGUUACUGUGCUGAUGGAGACCAGAGGCUUCUUGUCUACGAGUUCAUGGCCAUGGGAUCAUUGGAGGAUCACCUUCAUGAUCUCCCUCCUGAUAAAGAACCUUUAGAUUGGAACACAAGAAUGAAGAUAGCAGCUGGUGCAGCAAAAGGUUUGGAGUACCUUCAUGAUAAGACAAACCCUCCUGUUAUUUAUCGGGACUUCAAGUCAUCCAACAUUUUGUUAGACGAGAGUUAUUUCCCAAAGCUUUCUGAUUUUGGGCUAGCGAAGCUCGGUCCUACUGGAGACAAGUCACAUGUUUCCACGAGGGUCAUGGGAACUUACGGUUAUUGUGCUCCUGAGUAUGCUAUGACCGGUCAAUUGACGGUUAAAUCUGAUGUUUAUAGUUUUGGUGUUGUGUUCUUGGAACUUAUCACUGGACGCAAGGCUAUUGACAGCAGCCUACCUCAGGGACAGCAAAAUCUUGUUGCUUGGGCCAGACCACUAUUUAAUGACCGUCGCAAGUUCGCAAAGUUGGCAGAUCCACGGCUGCAAGGACAAUUCCCAAUGAGAGGUCUCUACCAGGCACUAGCUGUGGCAUCCAUGUGUAUCCAAGAACAGGCUGCUGCUCGUCCUCCUAUAGGGGAUGUGGUAAACGCCAUUUCAUAUCUAGUAAACCAGCCAUAUGAUCCUAGUACAGUUCCUGGACAAAGGGCGGAUAAUGAUGAUAUGAAAAAUAAAGAUGAGAGAGAUGGAAGGAUAUCUAGGAAUGAUGAUGGGGCAGGGGGAAGUUCUGGACGGAAAUGGGACUCCGAAGGAGGAUCUGAGAGGGACGACUCUCCGAAGGAAACAACAAGGAUGUUAAACAGGGAUUUGGACAGAGAGAGAGCAGUCGCGGAGGCUAAAAUGUGGGGUGAAAAUUUGAGAGAAAAGAGAAGACAAAGUGGUGAAGACAGUGCCAACGGCACUAAUGGAUAGAGCUGUCAGGUACCAUUUUCCUUUCUGAAUCCCUGCUGGGAUUGUUGGUUACUUAAAGACGCCUUGAUCGGAGCUUCUAGUCGGUUCCUACUUAAAUGGCUGUAUAAAAUUGGAAGUCUCAAUUUUUCAAUCAUCUCAGUAAGAAGGUGUGAAAGUUACCUUUUUUCUUUCUCUGGAAAUGACUUGUAUUUUUAUUUUUCGACAUUUUUCCAGCCUUUUUUCUGAAACAUGUAGAGGACAUAUAGGAGGAGCUCGGGGAGGGAGCGUAUUUCAAAACUUUGAGUAAAGAUAUCUCAGUUGAAACGUGUGCUUGUUGGCUCCAUAUUUGUUGGAUAUAUACCACAAAGGGGGAAAAAAGAAGAAGAAGAAGCAUAGUCUGCUGACUGUAAUCUUUGUAUCUAACAUGUUAAAAGACGAUAAUAUUUAUGUUCAACGUAAUAGGAAAAAUUCUGUACACUUCAGUUUGUGGCGGUGUAGUCUGAAUUGCUCUAACAUAUUCACUAUCAUAUGCCAGCGAGUGCUGUAUUGGAUCUUUUGGACUUCUCAAUUCGUCCGUUUAGGUUGCUGAA